UUACUGCUCUUUUAGCCACGUCACUAGUAGUUCUAAUAGUUCCACCGUUGCCAUAGAAACAGCAGGGAGUCCUCAACUCGAUUUCGAUCGCAGUCACGUGGGCGAUACGAUGGCGAUUUGCAAACAAUAUUUUCAAAUAUGCACAAGCGCUAUUAUUUGUAUAUGUCUAUUUAAUGCCGAAUGUAGGUAGAGUACGGAGUAUUUUCGUCAUGAAAAUUAUAGCCUACCAUAUUUUUAAUUCCAAUCGGGCAUUUUUGAUGAAAAGGUCGAGUAGUCUGCAUCACUGUCGGUCUUCUACCGUUUCUCUACUAAAAUAUGUCAAAUAAUUGACGUUUUUCGCUACUCAACUGACUUUCACCGCUAAAACCGAUGCUCCUUCGCGCUUCUGAAUGUAAACCACGCCUUGUUAUUUGAUUGACAUUAAUGAGCCCUGUACAGACGAGGCAGAAAAUGUAACAUAAACAUUUGAUGAUUUUCUGAAGUUAUUCAUUUUAUUUUCACUGGCGUUACUGGUUUAAAUCCGUUUGAAUCGUCCACUGAACGGACCCCGUCAGACCGGUAACUUAAAAUCAGUCUAAAAUCGAUGACCAUUUUAUGGAAACAAAAUUAUGAAAAUAUUGUUUCAGUCUUUGUACUACAACAAUUCUAAAUUAUUUCAGUUUAUUCAUAAUAACAUUAUUUGUAAUCAGAUAUGAAAUUAAAAUUUCUGAGUGAAAGUUUUUUACACCAGCAUUUUUUUUUCCAGUAUAAUUUGUAUAUAAGCCUACAUUUUACAGGCGCAUAUCAUAAUGUAACAUAAAUAGUCUACUUGAGCGGAUAAGCACUGUGCUGGACACAAAGCAAUCACUUUCAAUAUUAAACGGCAAGCAAGAGACAAAAAAUACUGGAUGUUUUUGUAAGAGACUGCAAAUAAUAUCAAGUGACUGAUUAAAUAAAUAUUACUCAUAAAUACUCAUUAAUGAGCUGUAUAUGUAUUGUAUUAUAUGUGUUUAUAUCAACAUUAUACAUAACAUUAUGAUAAAAGAAGGCUGUAGAAAUGUUUCUGCAUUGUUAAUCCAUUUUAUUGUCUUUUUAAACAAUUUCUCAAAAAUCUAACCUUUCCUUGAAAAUACGAAUUUAAAAAGGGGGAAAUAUCAUGAUUUUCUGUAAUACACAUCGGCCACAAUAAACGUCACCCUUUUGUUUAACCUUUUUAACUUUAAUUUGCUAGUUUAACAGCUCUAAAUAGAUAGAUAGAUAGAUAGAUAGAUAGAUAGAUAGAUAGAUAGAUAGAUAGAUAGAUAGAUAGAUAGAUAGAUAGAUAGAUAGAUAGCUAUUGGGAGGAAGUAGUGUGUCUGUCACACACUAAUAAAUGUGAUCGACAUGCAGCUCUGCGGUCAGAAUAACUGUCACCUUUUGGACACACUUUCUGUUUGUCAUUUCCAGUCUCUUAAAAUAGCAACUGCAUGAAUCGUAAGUAGGAUACGCUCGAGAAAUCGCAGCGGACAUCAUGGGAAAUAAAUCUCAGCAGCCUCUUAAAUAAAUGAACGACCGACCGAGUCCCGCGAGCUCUAACACCAAGCGCCGUUUUCCCAGCUGCGUUCACCCGGAUUUACGAACUCAGCCGGAUUACAUCCCGAAGUGAUAAAACUGCGCGACUCAUCCCUGACUCGCUGAACCCGCGUCUGUCUUUCACUUUUAUUGAUCCAUUAAUUUAUCUUCUGUGAAUUUACAAGCACAGAAUACGCGAAGGCUGGCGUCAGGGUCAGCGACGGAGGGUAUAUAAGUCCAAGACGGCGUUGAGACGAGACCUUCCUGGCUAAAGUCUCGAAAGGAAGAAAGUUUGUGUGUUGUCUUUACGUGUCGGCAUGACGUGUAAACUUUUUCUCCUCUUUGCUUUGCUUCUCACCGUCCUUGAACCUCUGCUGGGACAUCCUCUGAUCCAUUCAGCAGAGAUGACAUACGCCAGGCCAGUUCUCGUAGAAGAGGAGCAGGUCGUCAGUCCAGAAGACCUGAGUUACUCAGAGCAAGUGUAUCUGACCCAGGAUGGCAUCGGAUUGGGUUACCCGUCCUUCAUCACCGGAGACAUCAGCAGCGAUGGCCUCAGAACAGCUGGAUUUGUCCCGAGUAAAGCUGCGAAAGAAGUGUUGCUGGAAAAGCCGCUGUUGAGCCGUUUCCUGGGCAGCAGGAAGCAGUACCGCAAACGAGGCAGCAACACCGAGUGUUUCUGGAAAUACUGCGUCUGAAACACACUUACACUCGUGGGCCUGAGGCACUACAUUUGCAAAAAAAAUAGUUUGUCGAAA